AUGAAGCUGUGUAGAGGCAUUCGUGUCUUGCUCCAGUCUGUCAAGAGGCCAAAUGGACCAGCUGCGGCUCAGGAAGCCUCAGCAGCUGUGGCAACCCUUGCUUCGGGAGGCUAUACAGCCUUCUUGUCAGAGCUUGUGGGGCACUCUGACCUUCCGCUGGCCAUAGCAGCGCGCACCGUGCUUGCGGAUGAUGGGAAGUUAGCAUCUUCGAGGCAAGACCUUUUUCCGUUGCCUAGCAUUUCCAGGUGGCCUGAGGCAGUGGAUAUCAAGGGCCUUGGUCAAGACAGUGCCCUCGCUUGCGCUAACGUGUGUGUAGUGGCCCUUAACCACCUGGAAAAAGGGAUGCAAAGCACUCCUGCCGGCACCCCCAGAACUGCUGGCACUUCAGCGCAGGCGAUGGUACAUCAGCACAUAUGCGGCAGAGUCGUCCGUUUCCUGGGCCGUCUCAAUGACACGCUUGGGAGCUCCUUCUGCUACAAAGGUGCUUUUGACAAGCACGAGAGAGCUACGAAGGGUUCGGCUUGUGAACCAGUCCGUGGUGAUGCCGUCGAUUUGCCGGACAAAGCAGCUUCCUGUGAUCCAUCGACUUUAGUGGACCCGGAUUUGUGGCAGGCUGUUCGUCAAGCUGAGUGUGUUUUUCCUGGUGUUUCUGCUGGCGAGACCUUUGGUUUUCCAUGCGACAAGUGCAGGGAGUGGCUAAAGUUUUCGCAGUGCCAAAGUCAUCCAAAGGGCGGCAGCUGGGAUGGGUCAUGGCUUUCUGAGCAAGCGGCCCGGCCGCCAAAGCCUCAGAGGCUUGCAAACCCGAGCUCUUUCGUGGACAUUCUGGUGGGCCCGUGCGAGAAGCUUUACAUGUCAAAGCGUGAUGCGUCAACGUAUUUUGACAACUUGACAGUACCUUCUGAGCUCCGCCCAUGGUUCGGACAGGAGCCUGUCAUGCUUGAUGAGCUGGUUUCUUUCGGCAAAUUCAGCUUGAGCGAAGUCAGAGAGUUCAUUGACGAUAGUCACGCUGGCGACAUGCUUGUCAACAGUACGCACGGCAUCCCCAAAAACAAGGCAAAGGAUGUCACCCUUGCAAGCACAAUGACGGGCCUGGGCUGUGACAUGUCCAGCGAACCACCGUUGGUGGAACCAGCCAAAGAUAAAUUGGUGCAGCUUCUUCUGGCGGUGUGUGACUUAUUGGAACGCAAAGCUGGCAGCCCUCAGGCAGUGAACAGUGCACUUGGCGUUUUGCAAUGGUUCUACCUGCUGCAAAGGGGCAUGUUCAGCAUUCUGGACCGCGUCUACAAUUUUGUUCAACAGGAACCAGCCAAUGAUCCGCGGCCAUUGCCGUGCAACCUCCAAGAUGAGUUGCUCACCGCAAUUGCUUUGGCUCCACUUUUGCCAGCUGCGCUGGAUCGCGCCUACUUGCCUGAGCUUUUGGCGUGCGAUGCGGCCCCUGAAUAUGGUUUUGGAGUUAGCAAGUUGGAGUGUGGACAAAAGCAGGUGGAACAGGUAGGACGUCUCUCUGAGAGAAGGGGCGACUACGUACGAUUGCUGCUUGGUGCCGGGGAUGAACCUGAGCUCACUCGCUGUGGCACACCACACAGGCUGCCUUUCAAGAAGUCUGCUUUCAGAACGCUCAUCCGCAGCAAGGCGCGGUGGCAAGCUCACUCAGGCUUGCUGGAAUGCCAUGGUGUGCUUCUGACUGUAAAGUGGAUAUGUCGCAGCCGAGCUCGUCACCACAAACGAGCAGUCAUCUUGGUGGAUGCCAAGACUGCCUUGGGAAGCAUCUCCAAAGGUAGAAGCUCUGCUCGAGCACUUCGCAGAGUUUUGCGCAGCACAGCUGCGCAUUGCCUUGCUGCUGACGUGUUGCUCAGGCUGGUGUACAUUCCCACUGAGUCCAACCCUGCUGAUGCUCCCUCUAGGGG